GAAGGGAGGCGGUGGCACCGGCGGCGGCUGCUGAAGAGGAGGAGGAGGAGGAGGGGGAGCGAAGGGAGGUGUUUCUGUCAGUUCCGGCUGUUUGUUCGGGAAGUGGAUCCGCCGCUGCCGGAGCAGCCCGGAGGGAGCUGCGGAUCGCGAGGCCAGUACCGACCCCGCCCGCGCGCACCGCCCCCGCCCGCCAUGGCCCGGGACUACGACCACCUCUUCAAGCUGCUCAUCAUCGGCGACAGCGGUGUGGGCAAGAGCAGCUUACUGUUACGAUUCGCAGACAACACUUUCUCAGGCAGCUACAUCACCACCAUCGGAGUGGAUUUCAAGAUUCGGACAGUGGAGAUCAACGGGGAGAAAGUGAAGCUGCAGAUCUGGGACACGGCGGGGCAGGAGCGCUUCCGCACCAUCACUUCCACGUAUUAUCGAGGGACUCAUGGGGUCAUUGUUGUUUACGACGUCACCAGUGCUGAGUCCUUUGUCAAUGUCAAGCGGUGGCUUCACGAAAUUAACCAGAACUGUGAUGAUGUGUGCCGAAUAUUAGUGGGCAAUAAGAACGAUGACCCCGAGCGGAAGGUGGUGGAGACGGAAGACGCCUACAAGUUUGCCGGGCAGAUGGGGAUCCAGUUGUUUGAGACCAGUGCUAAGGAGAAUGUCAACGUGGAGGAGAUGUUCAACUGCAUCACAGAGCUCGUUCUCCGAGCAAAGAAAGACAACCUGGCGAAACAGCAGCAGCAGCAACAAAAUGAUGUCGUGAAGCUCACGAAGAACAGUAAACGAAAGAAACGCUGCUGCUAAUGCCCCUCAGGCCACGCAGAGACUGCACUGCGGUCCCUCCCCAAGCCCGAGGCCUGCAGGGGUCCUCGGGGGACAGUCUCAGUUUCGUGCCGUUAUUUAAAGAAUUCUCUCCACGUUUUUUAUUGGGAGGCGCCAUGGGCACUUCCUCCCCUUCCCUCUCGAGUGCCAAGAAGGUGUUGGACGAGCCCGCCCUUCCCACUGGUGCCCUCCUCCCUGCUGAGGCGCCUGGACCUGGUGAGGACGCUGCCAGCCAAGCGGACUGAUUAACCAAUUUGUACAUAGUGUAUAUUGCUUUAACCAGCUGCACACCCUUGUUCUGCUCUGGCCUUGYCCUCCUUAAUGCCACCUGUUGCAACAGACCCUCCCCAGCCCUCCCAGCCCUCCCCACCGCCAGCAGCUUCCUGCGGAGGCAGCGUCUCCUUCAAGCUGCGUCUGUGGCCGACCUGGGCUGGAGUGGGCUCUGUGUUGCUCACUCUCCUGCAGGUUGGUGGCUUCUGUCCCUGCCAUGCAGGCUCUGACCCCUCUCCAGGGUCUGUGCCAGCUGUUCUCCUGACCCCACAAUUGCUCUGGGAGCUGGGGAAACCUGGCCUUGAGGCAGCCCUGCCCUCUGCUGGCUCCAUGCCUUUGGUUCCACAGAGGCAGGUAGUCUUGGCCUCUGGCUGACAGGUUUCUUUUCCUGCCUUCUAGAUGCCUCUGGUACAAACCCAGAGGUGCUGUGUCUUCUUAGAACCCACAYGUUUCUGUUCUAACAGAAAGGUAGGGGUGUGUUUGUGCAAAGAUGGGGCUUUCAGGGGGCUAUAGGAGCAUUAUUUUAACAGAUAAAGAAUAUGAAGCCAAAUCAAAUGAAUCAAGUUCCUCACAAUUAUUUUCUUUCCCUGAAGUUUGAUUGGCACAGCAGCCCAAGUUGUGGCUGUCCCACUUUGGGUCCAGUGUUCUUAUAAAAAGCAAAUGGCUUUCUGUCCUUGUGGGGCUGGACUCCUAGCCCUUUCUUGGGAAGAGCCAGAAGUCUAUGAUACAGCACCAGGCACUUCUGGAUGUAGGGGGUGGGCACUGGGGGCUGCUGAGUAAUGGGAAGGACACCUCUGAACUGGGCCAGGAGAACUUGGAUCACUGACGUAACUGUUGUAGUAUGAAGGCGGUAGGAUUGCUUAGCAGACGGCAAGGAUGGUAGCGGGGCUGGCUGGGGCAGCCAGUUUUGAUCUAYCCCAGUCCCCUGGUGAAAAGCCAGGGUGUCUGCAUUUGAUUAUUGUUCUCCCCUUCUGUGGGACACAUCAUUCCCCCUUCCCCUAAAAGGAUCACGUAACCUGGGAAGAAUUGAUUUCAGCAUCAUGAAGUGUUUUAUUAGAUUUCCUUUCCUAGGCAAUUUCCAGGUAAAGCCCUGAUUGGACAAUCACAUCACAGAUCACACUGCAGAUUUUCCGUGUUAACACUGUGGAUGGGUUUUUAAUCAAUAAAAAAUGGGGGUUUCUUCUCACCUGUCUCUCCACUUGUCCAAACCGCCAAAAGCYGGGGUUCCAUGGCAGGCCUUUGCUUUGGAGCUGUAGGCUGGGGUCAUGGGGCCAUGGGUGGUGGAGGCAGGGGCCGUGGAGGGUGCUGCAGGCAGCCCCAUCUGGCUGGGGUAGCUGGGAACAGAAGUGGGGUCUCUGCCCUCAGGACUGUCCUGGCCGACCAGGAGCCUGUGGCCCAGGGGUCAUACUUGCCUCUGAGCACUCAGGUGAGGCCGUGUGGAGUGCUUGCAAACUCAAGCAAUAAGGGUGAUCCUGCAAGCUUCCAGCCCAGGACAGAAGCUGCAGUGGCUUCUGGCACCUGGACGCCCAGAUGCAGGUGGUGGGUUAAUUUUGGUGACUACAGUGUCUGUCCCAUUGAGUGUCACACGCAU